AUGGAAAAGUCUAUGGGAGAAAGCAACAAUAGUUUGGAGAGAUCAAAAGAAGAUUUGAAACCUAAAUAUUACAUGGAGUUUGAUUCUGAGAUUGCCGCAUUCAACUUUUAUAAUGCAUAUGCUCGCAGUGAAGGCUUUAGCAUUAGAAGAGACGGUCAUGGCAAGGAUGAAAAAUGUGUACUCACUUCAAGGACUUUUGUAUGUUGUAAGGAAGGUUUUCGGAAAGAAGAUAAGAGUGAUGAUUUGACAAAAAAUCCAAGAGCACAGACAAGAACCGCAUGUGGAGCAAUUAUGGGGAUUAAGUUGGUUAGGCAUACAGGAAAGUAUUGUGUUUACCGUUUCUCUGAAGAGCAUAAUCAUCCUCUUGUCAAACAAGAUUGUGUGCAAUGGUUGCCAUCCCAUCGAAAUGUAACAUCUGCAGAUAGUGCUUUUAUAGACUUGACUGCAAAUUCAGGAGUACCGCAAAAGCCUGCAUUUGAAUUAAUGGGUCAGCAAGCUGGUGGAAGAGAGUCAUUGAGUUUUACAAGGCAAGACCAAAAGAACUAUCUUCAAACUGUCCAACAAAGAAAAAUGAAAUUUGGAGAAGCUAGUUAUCUGAUGGAAUAUUUUUCAAAGCAGAUGUUAGAAAAUCCAUCAUUCUUUUAUGAGAAGCAGCUGGACAGUGAGGACCAAAUCACUAACAUUUUUUGGGCCGAUGCUAAAAUGAUAAUGGAUUAUGGUAUAUUUGGAGAUGUGGUAAGUUUUGAUACCACAUACAAACUUAAUGAAGCAAAUCGACCAUUUGCGAUCUUUGUUGGAUUAAAUAACCACAGAGAGACAGUUAUAUUUGGAGCUGCUCUAAUGUACGACGAGACUGCUGCAUCCUUUAUUUGGUUGUUUGAAACCUUUUUGAAGGCAAUGUGUGGGAAGCCUCCACAAACAUUUUUUACUGAUCAAGACGUAACGAUAGCCAAGGUUGUUUUACAUGUGAUGCCUGAUACGUACCAUCAACUUUGUAUAUGGCAUUUGAUGCAAAAUGCUGCAAAGAAAGUAGGCUUCUUAUUUAGAAACUCUAAUGGCGAUGAGAAGGAAGGUAAUAUAUUCAACAAAUUGCUUUAUCAGAUUGAGGAAGAAAAUGAGUUCUUGAGUGCUUGGGAGUCUAUGCUUGAUGAGUACAAUGCACAUGAUAAUACUUGGUUGGCUGCAACAUUUGCAAUAAGAAAAAAAUGGGUACAUGCAUAUGUGAAGUGGACAUGGUCAGCAGGAAUGCACAGUACAUAA